UAUAAAAGAAAAAAAUUCUAACUGAAAAUUUAAACAUUUCAACAUGACGGGCUUGGUUCUAUUAUUUGUAUGUGGGUUUCUGGGAACUGCAUACGGUGUAGGGUACCUCGGCAAAAGACCGCCAACUCAGGGCGCCUGUUAUUAUGACAAUAUCUAUGCUGCUCAUUUCAGCUACAGAGAAGGUGUCUGUGAAGGACCGUAUGACUGGUGCAGAAUUAGCAAAUGUUGGUCGAUGUGUGGAUCAGACAGAAGACAAUCACCAAUCAACAUAGACACAUACAAGGCAAAACAGCGUCAACAUAGAUACGUGCAGAUAAAGAAUUUCAACAAAAGGGUUCCCGCCUAUAUCUAUAACAAUGGUCACUCUCCGAACUUUGAAGUGAAGCUAGAUUACUACAAGAGGGGAGAUAACGUAAUUUUGACAAAUGUUCCUGGCCGACUAAAAUAUAAGGAAUAUGUAUUUGCUCAGCUUGAGAUGCAUGCCGGCCAGGAUGAAUACAGAGGAUCGGAACACUCAAUCGACGACUAUUUCUACCCAAUGGAAGUCCAGCUGGUAUUUUACGACAGUAAAUAUUCCGACUUAAACCACGCCCUCUCUUAUCCCGACAGUUUGGUCGUCAUGGCGGUCAUGGUUGAGGUAGACAAAGGUUAUUAUCAGCCUUUAAAUGAUGACGACGAUGAUGAUGAUGAUGAUGAUGAUGAUGACGACGAUGAUGACGACGAUGGACGCGGGUGGAAAAAGAGAACAAGAGAUAGAAAAGAUGGAUUCCUUGGAAAGAAGUACUACAAAGGGUAUGGGAAGUGCAGAUUCCAGUAUGCACGCUCUUUGAGCUACCUUAUGGAGAAUUACUUUACAAAGAUCCAGAGGCAUUAUCCUCUUGAACACAAGCAUUUUACUGACUAUCGACCAAAAGAUCUUCGAUGUGGCAGAAAACCACGCUAUGACUACAUUAAACGCUAUUGCUACAAAAGAAACACAUACUAUGAUCAUAGAUAUCACGUGAGUUAUGGAAUUUCUCCUGCGGAUGUCCUUCCAUAUGAUCAAAGGUUCUACACAUACGCCGGAUCUUUGACUUCACCACCUUGUUACGAAAGUGUUCAAUGGAUUGUCUAUAAGUGUCCAGUUACCGUCUCAAGGAAGGCUUUCCAAAGUCUCCAGUAUAUAGAAGACUCUCAGGGAGAACCUCUUUAUAAGUUGGGUGUUAGGAGACCAAUCCAGAGAAACCGUGGAUACGUUCACGUAUAUAGCAAUUAUUGAAGAAUUCAACUCAAACUUUACAAAAACUGAAAAUGGAAUUUCCUCGAGUGUAUUUGCAAUCAAAUGCUUUGACUUUGAUGUG